AUGUCUCCGCCCAGUGAUGCAGUGUUGCGCGCUGGAUCGUUGAUCCUCGUCACUGGCGCCAAUGGAUUUCUCGCCUCGCGAAUUGUGGAUGAGCUCUUGGCUUCUGGAUACCGUGUGCGAGGCACUGUCCGAGACCCUGUGAAGCAGUCAUGGCUGCAGGACCACUUCGACAAGACAUACGGCUCCGACCAAUUCGAAUUAGUCGGGGUCAGGGACCUGAAAGAGGAAGGUUCGCUAAACCAGGUUGUCAAGGGCUGCGCCGGCUUGGUCCACGUUGCCAGCAAUGUCUCAUUUUCUCCUGAUCCAAACGUGGUGGUCACCGAGACAGUCACCUUGACGCUGAACGCCCUUAAAGCCGCAGCUUCAGAGUCGUCCUUGAGUCGCUUCGUUCUUACCUCGUCUUCAAUCGCUGCGGCACAGUCGAGAUACAACGAGCCAUACGAUCUAACACCGGAAAUGUGGAACACUAAAGCUGUCGAAGCUGCCUGGGCGCCUCCACCCUACGAAAUGGACAGAGCUGUAGCGGUGUAUGGCGCCUCGAAGACGCAAGCCGAGCAAGCAAUGUGGAAAUUCGUAGAAGAGCAGAAGCCGCAUUUCGUGGUCAACGCAGUCCUGCCGGACUUCAUCUGCGGGCUGCCGGUCAAGCUGGAGAAGCAAGGCUAUGGUCCAUCAUGCGGCAUGCUGUAUGCCUUGUGGAACCACGAUGACAGGUUUAAAUUGCUGUAUCCUCAAUUCCUGGUCGACGCUGGGGACGCCGCGCUUUUGCAUAUUGUUGCCUUGCUCAAGCCUGACGUCCGAAACGAGCGUAUCUUUGCGUACGCCCACAACAGGACGUGGACGGAUACCAUUCCGCGGUUACGCAGGAUGUAUCCCAACCAUACAUUUCCUGACCCGCCGGAGAACGAAGGCGUCGAUAUGGCCAAUGUCAUCGGACAGAAGCGAGCGGAAGAACUGCUGAAGUGGAUGGGUCAGCCAGGGUGGAGGCCUAUGGAGGAGUCAUUGAAGGAAGUCUGCGACACCAUGCAAUGA